GCAGCUGCGUAUUUUCCAAUGCGCACUGGGAGCAGUGAAGGAUGGCGUGGGGUCCGUUUUGAUGAAUGUCAAUAAUGCAUUGUCUGAACUCGGAGCGAGCGUGUGUCAUCGGGGGCAUGAAUACUGAGAAAAUGUCUUCAUACUAGCUCUGGAUAUGGAAAAGGACAGUUCUUGUGUUUGGCCGCUGUGACCAGGCAGGAUACUUCCUCCAGUAAAUCUUAAGUGAGGGUGUUGAGUGUCUGUCAGCCUGCAGCAGCUCAGUCUCAGUAGCUCUCAGCAGGUCUCCCUAUGGGUGAGGUGUUCUCUCUGACAUUGUAAUCGCAGCCUCUCAGAGGCUGUGUUUCCAAAAGCCUUCACUCUCCCAGCCCCUCCACGUCUGUCCUCAUCAUGGGGGAGGUGGUGCAGAUGCACUUCACCACGGUGGACUAUGUCAUUUUUGCCUUGCUGCUGGUGGCCUCAGCUGGCAUUGGCCUCUUUUAUGCCUUCUCUGGGGGGCGCCAACGCACAACACAGGAGUUCCUGAUGGCUGACCGCUCGAUGAGCUGCUUGCCUGUGUCCCUCUCCCUGCUGGCCACGUUUCAGUCAGCUGUGGCCAUCCUGGGUGCUCCAUCUGAGGUGUACACAUUUGGGACAGAGUACUGGUUCCUGGGAUGCUCCUAUUUCCUGGGUCUUCUCAUUCCAGCUCAUGUAUUCAUACCAGUCUUCUACAGACUGCGACUGUCCAGUGCUUACGAGUAUCUGGAACUGCGAUUUAACAAGACUGUUCGCAUAUGUGGGACUGCGACCUUCAUCUUUCAGAUGGUCAUUUAUAUGGGGGUAGUCUUAUAUGCUCCAGCACUGGCUCUUAAUGCAGUGACAGGAUUUGACCUAUGGGGGGCAGUGCUGGCUAUGGGAUUGGUGUGCACUCUGUAUACUGCUUUGGGGGGGCUGAAAGCAGUGAUGUGGACCGACGUGUUCCAGACGGUGGUCAUGUUUGCAGGCCAACUGGCAGUCAUCGUGGUGGGGACUAGUCAGGCAGGAGGAAUAGCAGAAGUCUGGAGGAAAGCCAUCAACGGUAGCCGUAUUUCUGGACUAGACCUGAACCCCAACCCUCUGGAGCGCCACACCUUCUGGACACUAGGUGUUGGGGGGGUCUUUCUGAUGUUGGCUCUGUACGGUGUGAACCAAGCUCAGGUCCAGAGAUACCUCAGUUCCCGCACAGAGAAAGAAGCUGUCAUGUCCUGCUACGUAGUCUUUCCAUGCCAGCAGGUUGUCCUGUGUUUAGGAUGUCUGAUGGGUCUGGUCAUGUUUGCUCGUUAUGGAGAAGACAGCCCUCUGGAUAAGGGCUACGUCACGACUAAUGAUCAGAUGGUGCUGUACUUUGUGAUGGAUGUGUUCAGAGAUCUACCUGGGCUUCCGGGGCUGUUUGUGGCCUGUCUCUUCAGUGGAGCGCUCAGCACAAUUUCGUCAGCCUUCAAUUCCUUAGCAACAGUAACUAUGGAGGACCUGAUUAAACCUCAUUUUCCAAAUAUGACUGAAGGCAAGGCCACGCUGCUGUCCAAAGGACUCGCCCUGGGUUAUGGUCUGGUGUGUCUGGCUAUGGCCUACAUUGCUUCUAUAAUGGGAUCUAUGCUGCAGGCAGCCUUCAGUAUCUUUGGCAUGGUGGGCGGACCCCUGUUGGGACUCUUCUGUUUGGGAAUGUUCUUCCCCUGGGCAAACCCCACUGGCGCAGUGGUUGGGUUGGUAUCGGGCCUUGUCAUGGCUUUCUGGAUCGGCAUCGGGAGCUUUGUGAUGCGCAUGUCUGUUCCCACGCCAGCACCUGCACUCAACGCCACUGCUCUGCCAUUGUUUGAUAACAUAACUACCACUGUCAUGACCACCACAGCCAAGCCAGGGUCGACUGGUGUGGAGGCACUCUACUCAUUGUCCUACAUGUGGUAUAGCGCUCACAACUCAGCCACUGUGGUGGUGGUGGGACUGAUAGUUAGCCUGCUAACAGGGCCUAUGAAGGAGAAGGAGCUGACCCCGGGCACAGUGUACCCCGUCCUGGGCACGCUGCUCUUUUUUCUGCCCGACCGCUACAGAGAAAAGCUUUGCUGUAUCACUCCUCUGGCUCAGAAGCCCACACAAAUCAAGACACAGCCUUAUCAAAUGGCCCAAAAAGACCGCAACGGAGAAGCUUAUUCCAAAGAAGACACCGUCACAGAGGAGAAGGAGAUGGAGAGCGACAGAGCACAGACGGAGGAGGAAGACUCAGAGGAUUCGAGGGCUCGGCCCUCGUGCCGGCUGACGGCUCACACAGUUCAGGAGACAGCCUUGUGAUCCUCUUUUUUCUUCUUUAAUGCACAAAUACACUUUCAGACCAACUGCUACUCUGUGCAGUCUUUCUCUCUUGGUGAGAAGUGCAACAGAUUAAAAAAAAAAAUCUGUAAUGAUUUUGUGGCACUAAAUUUGAGUGUUGCUACUCACAAUUAUUUUUCUUAAACAACUUGAAAUGAGCUUCUGCCAGGCUGGAACUGAGCUUUGGAAGCACAAGCGUCAGCAGAACUGUACCGGUUAUUCUCCAUUUGUAACAGGCUUUUUAGACAUGUCCCCACAUGUUCAGUCAAGUAACAGACUGGGCGGCUUUCAUGUUUGUGCUCGACAAAAAACAGAGAAUCAGCUAGUUAACAGAUACUGAAUAUAAAAUGAGUUAUUUUUAUAGAGAUGUGGGAAGCACAAAUUCUAGAAUAUGUACAAGAGAAAAUAAUAUAAAAGUAAAACAGACUGAGCUUUAACGGAGGGCAUGACAGGUUUGUGCUUCUAUGAUAUUGUAGUGUCUUAACAGGACCUCGGUUUGAAUAUUCGUCUUCUAGCUGCUAAUGUAGAUGUCUAAAUACAAGUCCAUUAAAGCAGAGCUGCGCCCUCCGAUGAGGGCAGAGAGGGAGUCUCCAGCUUGCAGUGAAAUUGGAUGGAGCUCAGUGAAUCCCUAACUUUACUCCAGUGUUCCUAAACUGGAACAAUAUAACCUGCUCAGCGUAUUUAAAAGAGCGCAAUAUCAUCCAUAACCUUGACACAUUUAGCACUACUUUUAUGUUCCAGUUUAAAAUCUCAGGCAGUAAAUGCACUAGUAAGUAGUCGUUGUGCUCUGCUCCGUCAGAUACACAAAACUGCACAAACACUCCCAGCAUCCUUUUCUGAUGAGCUGCUUGAAGAGAAGCUGAUAAAUAUAGACAGUAGUUCAGUUUUUUCUCACGGUUUUAAUAAGGACUUUAAACUUGUCCAGAGAAGACUUUAAAUGUAAAAAUUUAAAUGUUUUGAAUUUGAUGCCAGCAACCAACUGACAAAAGACUGGAAAGCUUGUGUGAUGUGUGAAGAAAAACACACACACACGCACACUUCUAGCAGAACACCACAGUUAUCCAUCCAUUUUCUCCACUUACUGUGGAUGGACUGGAUCCUCUCCUAGUUGCCAUAGAGCUAGAGGCAGAGUACACCCUGGACAUGUUGUCAGUUUGUUGCAGGGCUAACAAAAAAUGACAGACAACCAUUAAUACCUAUUAACAAUUUUGAACUGCAUGUCAUUGGAAUGUUGGAGGAAGCCGGGGUGCCCAUAGAGAGCAUGCAAACUCCACACAGAAAGGUUCUGGGCCGAUGGUGGAGUCACACCAUGGAACUUCUUGCUAACCACUGUGGUGACCACCUCAUAAUUACUGAGGGUAAAUAUUAGUAUGAUUGGAAAAUCACAGUUGUGUUUGGGAAUGUGUCAGUGAACACAAUCCAAAGGCCAUCAUCCGUGAUGGUGUGAGGGGUCAUCACAUCUGAGCACCAUUAAUGCUCAACAACACACGCGUUUUGAAGCAAGACGUGACGUCAUCCAGAUAAGGUCUGUUUCUAAGAAAGCCUUGCUUAUUUCAGUGAGAUGAUGCACAACCGUAUUCUGAAUGUAUACCAGCAGCACAGCUCUCUGGAAAGUCCAGGUGGGAAAAUAUUUCAUUUUGAAACACAGCUGAGUCCGGUCCAGUCAAUUCAGCUGACAACAGCCUCCUUUCCCCACUUUCUAAAAAUAUGUUGCUGGCAUCAGAUUCAACAUUUAUCUGUCAAGAUGUGUUGGAGUCCUGCUAAAGUGCCUCACUGAGCGAAUGUUUUAGCCGAACUCCUGUUAGCUGUGUUUCCAUGAGCUUUGCAUGUUUAAGCACAAGUAGCUCAAUGUAGUCCAUUACAGGAACUGUGUGAGAACGGUCUAUAGUUCUAUAAGCAACUAGUUGCUUAUAGAUUCACCUCUGCCCCCAUCUGAUGGCAGCACUGCUCCAAAGUCAUCAUGGACCACAAGAGAGUAAUGUGAUGUAUUUAAAACUGAUGGAGUCGCUGCUUAGAACUUUGUGUCGAGCUUCUUUUAAGUGCCCGUUCUUUUAAAUUCAGGUUACUGUAGCUGACAGUGUGUGAUUAACAUGAGUAAUAUUGUGUAUAGUUGAAUAUUUUCAUCAUCGUUGAAACUUUUUGGAAUCCCAGAAUUCUUGGCCAUCAUCAUUUAAGUGUUUGAAGUCAUGUCCUGGUGUCAGAUGUCUUUGCGUGUUCAGUGAUUCUCAGUCAGUACCGUCUGUGCUCUUCCAAAUGGACACAAGUCCAUUUAUUUGCCAUGUUUGCUCGGCCAAAGUAGUCUGACAUGUUUCCAGAGAACUCACUUGAAGCAUGUCUACAGUGUUUACCCACAUCCCAUUUCAGUAGUCCAGAAUGAAGACUUGGAUGUCCUAGUUGCCUUACGAAGUCCUGGAGUAGUUAGUCCAACAAAUGAUUAGACAAAGGUUAGAGACUCAAGACCACUGUAACUCCUGUUUGAUGGAACACUGGCCCCUAGUAAGCAGCUGUCCGUUUACAGAACCACCAUGUUUGUACCAUCAUCCCGACACUUGAAUACCUCGAUUUAUCCAAAGCAUAUAGAAUAUGAAUUCAUUCUUUCUGAUGAUUUGUUUUGUUUUUUUUUACCAAUAGAACAUGUAUUUGAGGUCAUGUUUGUAUAUUUUUGUAAUUUCACACAAAGCCUAUCCACAUUUCUUGAUGUGAAAUGUGGAAUUCUAUAUGCAAGAACCAUAAAAAGUUUUUUGUGAAUGUUUGGCAGAAGUGGGACGUAAAAUACAUGUUGGUUUGUUUUAUGGGAACAAAUUAUGUUUGUCAGGCUGUUUGUUGUUGAUGUGUGUGUGUCUGCAUGUGUUUCCAUGCACUGCUUCCCAAAUUCUGCCAGAUUCGCAAUAAUUUAAAACUUUUUUAAUGGUUCCUAUAAUUGUAGAACUACUUGAGGACGUGCGGUUUCUUUAUGAUUGCGUAGUAUCAAAUCCUCCUUCAUACCUGAAAUUACUUGAAGUGUGUGCCUGGAGUAAUAAACGCCCUUUAUGAUGUGACAGAUCGCAGUUCAAGUGUUGCUGUAUUAUUAAUGUUAAUGCUGUUAAAUGUGUCAUUUCUAGGCCUGGACAGGGUGCAGCACUAUGAUUACAAUAAAUACUAACACGUCUAAUAAAGCACAAGAAGUCAGUAGUUCUGCUACUUGAAGUGUGAGCCUGCAGCCAUCAGGCCAUGUGAAGCAGGUUGGAGGUAGCGUUUGUAGUUCUGGAGAUUGAGUUUAAAGCUGAAAAUGUUGAUGUGCGUUCUGAUCAGUGGCCUUUUUCCAGUGAAACAGCAAUGGCACUUAGUAAUUUCCUGAAACAAUAAAUAUUGUUUGGAACAAUAUUUAUUGCAUUUGUUUCCCCAUCAACAAGAAUUCUUCCUCUUGUGUAUUCCAAAAAAGAGAGAACCUCCAAAAGCACUGGAGCCCACAGAACUCCUCUGCUUUGACUGUGCCUUCAUUUGUGAUAAAGUUUUGUUUUUUUGCAACUCGAUGUAUUCUUCAUGAACUUGCCAGGAUUCUUCCAUUUUGUAGUCUGUACUCAAACAUCUGUCCAGGAGUGGACCAAAGCCUGCGUUUUGCAGAAGUGAAUUUGAUCGAUGGCUGCUGUUGGCAGCAGGAGUGUGAUGCUUAACUGACUUUUUUUUUUUCUUUUUUCUUUUUAACCUGUUGUCAUGAUUCACUGUUGUUGGGAUGUAUCAUUAUUAGAUUUCUGAUUGAACUGAGAUUGCAUUAAAAAUGAUAAUGAUAAAUUAAAGACUGUU